AUGUCCGGAGCGUGGCAGCAGCUGGAGCAGCUGCUCACGUGCGCCAUCUGCAUGGAUCGAUUCAAGAAUCCCAAACUGCUUCCCUGUCAGCAUACGUAUUGCUGCGAUCCGUGCAUGGAAGGCCUGGUCGAUUACGCUAGACGUCAAAUCAAGUGUCCAGAAUGCCGAACCGAACACCGCAUUCCGUACAACGGGGUUCAGACGCUCCCUACAAACGUGACCCUUAUGCGGUUCUUGGAGCUCCAUCGCAGUAUGACCGGUGAAGAACCCGAGCCCGAAGAAGCCAUGAUGGGCAGAUGUUCCGUUUGUUCCGAGAAACAACACCUCAUCAGCUGCCAUCACUGCAACAAGAAAAUUUGCGCCGAUUGCAAGGAGGCGCACCUCGACGUCAUGCGCCGAGAAAUAUCUCGGAUCUGCUCCAACGUGCGGCGAUCUGUCAGCCGACUCGAGGAUACGCUGAAGGAGACCAAGAAGAACGAGGAGAAACUCAUCACCAAUUGCGUCAACGUUCAAGAGGAAAUCUCCGAUAUCAUCAACCGGAGCGUCAAAGAUUUGGAAAAACUCAAGGAGCGACUCGAAGGCGAAGUUAAAGGAUACGAAGAAGUCGAGAGCGGUACCUUGUUGAAGCUCUCCGACAAUCUCGAUCAGGAAGUCACGACAAUCAACGCGAAUUGCGACGUUGUAGAGAAGUACAUCGACGAAGACCACGACUGGACCGACGUUGAAUUGGUAGAGUACAAGGAAAUCUUCGUGAAAACUCUCGAGUUCCUCCGCAAUUUCGAUGCCGAUACCACGGACUAUGGACGGAGAGUACGUCUGAAUAUUCUGACCGACACGGAACAGGUGCAUAAGAUGUUGGCUGGUUUCCUAGAACUCAAAAUCCAAGCUUCCACGAGCGUCAACCAGAGUCUUGCUCCGGCGGGCCAGACCCUUCCCAAUGCUCUGAUGAGAUCUCAAUCCGACCACCGUUUGGCGAGUCAAUUCAAGAAAGUAGAUUCGCGUUCUAUGCUCGACAUUUCCCAGCGUGACGGCGCCAGUGAUGAGGAACGCGGACAGGGCAAAAGCGACAUUCUGAGAAGAUACGGACUCCUCGGUGACGAGGACAGUCACGGCGGUUCCCGACAUGGCUACAAAUCGAAAUACGUCCGAGACCUCCUACAGGAGCAAGACAGUCUGAUGAGACCGUCUCUCAACACAGCGAGUCGGAUCGACGACGAGAAGACCAAGGAGCCUGAACCUCUCCCCAAAGUGUUUGACGUCGAUGGAGCUGUUCGGGCUCCACUCAGCGGCAUCGUCAAGAUCGACGACUCGGGAAAAUUCAUGGAGCGAGUGUUCGAGAGUGAAAAGAAGGCGAAAACUAAAAAAGUCGAGAAGGAAAAUCUCCGCAAAAUGCAGGAACAGCAACAACAGCUUACGCAAAUGGCCCAGCAGCCUGAGCUGAAUAAUAAGUUCGGGAUUCAAAUCAGCCUGGAGGCAGGAAGGCUUUUAGUGGUUUGCAAGUAUCACGACGCCGAAAGUAGAUUAGAAGCUCCACGCGAGACCAACCCCCGGACUGCGUACAUUCAGAAGGGCGAAUGCAAGUUGAGCAUCGGAAAGCGAGGCUCUGAGACCGGCAGCUUCACGUGGCCUCGUUCCGUGGCUGUCGGGCCUGACGGAUCGCUCGUCGUCGCCGACUCGUCUAAUCAUCGAGUGCAGGUGUUCGACUCGAAUGGGAGGUUCCUGCAUGCAUUCGGGAAACAAGGAAGUGCAGAUGGAGAACUCGACAAUCCUGCAGGAGUUGCCGUUAACAGGAUCGGGCAAAUAAUCGUUUCGGAUAGGUACAAUAAUCGAGUGCAGAUUUUCGACGCAAGUGGACGAUUCAUUCGAGCUUUCGGAGGCGACGGUCGCAGCGACGGAAAAUUCCAGUGCCCUUGGGGUCUCACCACAGAUAGUCUAGGAUUCAUUUACGUCUGCGACAAAGAGAAUCACCGUGUCCAGGUCUUUCAGUCGGAUGGAAGUUUCGUAGGUAAAAUGGGCAGCGUUGGAUGUCGGCCCGGCUGUCUUGAACAUCCGUCCUACAUAGCCGUAUCCAGCACCAACCGGGUAAUCGUGAGUGACACCAACAAUCACCGCGUCCAGGUGUUUGACGUCAACGGCAAAUGUCAGUUCACGUUCGGCGCUGAGGGUUCUGAAGAAGGCCUGUUUCGAUUUCCGCGAGGCAUCGCCGUGGAUGACCAAGGCUAUAUCAUUGUUUCCGACUCGGGCAACAACAGAAUCCAAGUUUUCCAGCCGGACGGAAGUUUCAUCAAAGCAUUCGGCAGCUGGGGUGCCGAGAGCGGUAAAUUUAAGGGUCUGGAGGACCUCGCUGUCAGCAGCAAAGGAGACAUUGUCGCAUGCGAUCGGGAAAACCAUCGCAUUCAAGUAUUCUAA